GCGGGCACCGAGUCGUCUGGCGGAACAGCGGGCAUCGAGUCAACUGGCGGAACAGCGGGCACCAAGUCGUCUGGCAAGACUGCGGGCACCGAGUCGUCUGGCAAGACUGCGGGCACCGAGUCGUCUGGCAAGACUGCGGGCACCGAGUCAACUGGCGGAACAGCGGGCACCGAGUCGUCUGGCAAGACUGCGGGCACCGAGUCGUCUGGCAAGACUGCGGGCACCGAGUCGUCUGGCAAGACUGCGGGCACCGAGUCGUCUGGCAAGACUGCGGGCUCCGAGUCAACUGGUGGAACAGCGGGCACCGAGUCGUCUGGCAAGACUGCGGGCACCGAGUCAUCUGGCAAGACUGCGGGCACCGAGUCGUCUGGCAAGACUGCGGGCACCGAGUCGUCUGGCAUUGGAUCGUCUGGCUCGACAGCGGGCAUCGGGUCACCAGGCAUCAGGUCAUUUGGCUCGCCAGCGGGCACCGCGUCAUCUGGCAAGGCAGUGGGCACCGAGUCACCAGGUACGACAGCGGGCUCUGAGUCAAUUGGCCUAAUAGGAUCAUCAGGCUGGAUCAGUUCAUUAUGCUGGGUAGAAGCAUCCGGCUGAGUAGAGGCUUCAGGCUGAGUAGAGGCUUCAGGCUGAGUAGAGGCUUCAGGCUGAGUAGAGGCAUCAGGCUGAAGAGAGGCAUCAGGCUGAAGAGAGGCAUCAGGCUGAAGAGAGGCAU